CCACACAACCAGCACUUUUUUUUUCUGCUUUGGGGUUUCCCUUUUAAGAAGGAGGACGGCCUUUCUGGGGCUCAUUCUCUAGUCUGCAGGCAUCAAAGCAACGCCAAAAGCCGACAUGCUGUGCAACUUCAGUGGACCCGUGCUGAUCAGAGUGCUCCCUCCACUGCUGGUCACAGAGUUCGUUCUGGGUCUCACUGGAAACGGUUUUGCUCUUUUCAUCUUCUGCUUCCACUUGAGGCCCUGGAAAAGCAGCACGGUGCUACUCUUCAACCUGGCAGUGACUGACUUCAUGCUCAUCAUGGCUCUGCCCCUCCGAGCCAGCUACUACCUGUCGGGAAUCAGCUGGAUUUUUGGUGAGAGUAUCUGUAACAUCUGCCUCUUCAUGCUGGCGAUGAACCGCAGCGGGAGCGCUUUCUUCCUGAUGGCCAUCGCCCUGGACAGGUACAUGCGUGUGGUGCAUCCCCACCAUCCCAUUAACUCCCUGAGCGUUGGCAAGGCCAUGUUGGGCGCUCUGGUGCUGUGGUUGGUCCCCAUUGCGAUGACCGCACAUGUCUUCUCCCUGCAACACAUCAACACAACCUACUGCGAAAGCUUCAUGAUGGACACGGCCUCCAAAGGACACCUGUCCUGGCACAAGUUCACGUUUCUCUUCUCUUUCUAUGGGCCUCUGCUGGUGAUCCUCUUCUGCACCUUCCAAAUCACCAGACACCUGAAGAGGAGACAGCUGACCAACCAGACCAAGUUCAAAAAGGCUCUGUACUUCAUCAUGGUGGUGGUGGUGCUCUUCAUCGUCUGCUUCCUCCCCAGCAACAUCACUCUGCUGGCCAUAUUGAUCAAGGUGAUCCCAGGAUUCGUCUGUGACGACGUGGAGCAGCUCACCACCGCGUUCUACAUCACCAUCAGUUUGACUUAUCUCAACAGUGCACUGGACCCGGUGGUCUACUACUUCUCCAGCCCGGCCUUCAAGAACAUCUGCAGGAGAACGCUGAAUCUGCCUCAGACAGACACUUGUGAGAGCGCGGAAAAGAAAACUCGUGAGACGGUGUCCCAGUCGCAGAGCCAGCUGUAAUCUGCAAACUCAAGAGUUAACAUCUGGUUAAACCGCAACUUCAUGCGGUUUGAGCAAGAUGAUGCUGUUUUUACUUCCCUAUAGUUGAAACUUUUCUUGCACAAGCAUACCUCAGCAUGUCUAUGUCUGACCAUGAAGGCAUUUUUUAUAUCAUUUCUUUUGUUAUGCAUUUUAUGUGAAAGUUUUGCACUUCUUGUUCACUUUUCUGGUGAACAUUGCUUUAAUCAUUGUUUUUUCUACUCAUGACCUUAUAUGGAAACAAAUGUUGUCAAUGAACGGGUAUUGAAUGCAAACUAAGGAAAUCUGAUAUUUCCGUGCAUGUAAAGUUGUCAUCAAAUGUGUGAAAUUUGUUGUCACAUUUGUGACACCAAGUAUCACAAAGAUGACAACUUAAAGAACUACACUGAAUAAUUAGCACAUUAGUACUAUAAGCAUUGCAUUUUAAUGUAAUGCUUAUGAGGCAUUGCAUUAAAAGCUUUGGCUUCAUUAAAACAGUCUAUUUCUUGAAGGGUUUUUGCAACCCAAUACAGUGUUAUGUGUCAUCUUUAAGUUUGUUGAACCAUAGCUUACUUUAAAUACUUUGGUGGAUGAAUGUAUUUCAGAAUUUAGCUUGUC